AUGUCUAUCGUCGAUGCCAUUGGUGUCAUUUCGGGCAUCCUGACCAUUGUCUCAUUCGGGAAAGAUAACUUCGGUAACGGUGAGACUUCUGGUUCGACCAUCAAGGUUGCCGUAGCCCUCGAUGGCCCGAGCGGACCAACAGAUGCUGGUGGUGACCUCCCUGACAUCCGCGUAUGGAACGAAGUCGGAUCCUUCGUUGGCAUGAAAGCUGACCCUGGUUCUGUCAACAACGGAAACCUAGGUGAAGUCUCAAUCGACCACGAAAACCAAGGUGUAUACUCCCUAUUCUCCGCCAACAACGACGCCAUCUGCGUUGCGUGGGUGACCACCACCUGGAGUGACGACCGCGGCGGCAACAGGUAUGCCGUAUCAGGCGAUUAUGGCGAAGCCUGUGGCGGCACAUGGUUCGAGAGCCACAUGUACCCCAACAGCAACGAAGACUACCAGCCCAAGUGCUUCUGGAUUGACAAAGACGGCGACCAGCCCAAAACCGGUUUCCAGGUUCGCUGGCCUGCCUUCUCCAAAGACGAACACGACGAGCACGACACCAACCCAGCAAGAAUGUGCAACGAUAUCAACUUUGGACUGCGUGAGGAGGAUGACCCCAACACCAUCAACUACUAUACCAAGAAGAAGCGCAGUGGUCCCGUGCGUGCUCGUCAGGCCCCUGCCCGGCCUGCGUGGGCAGAUACCGAGCUGGUCAUCAGUGAUGCCAAGUCUCACUCGGCUAAGAGGCUGUGUGAAUCUAAUACAUCCAUGGGUCCUGAUUUCGCCCAUACUGGGGAGUCACUCUUCUGUGAUAUGAAGGCCAAGACACUCUAUGCGUUCUGCACGGAGGAUGGGCAGACAGAUUGCUUUGACAUGGAGGCCCAAGCCAUCUCCACGACUGCGAAGAGAGAUGUGAACGCCGAGAACCCGAGUGCAUAUGCAUCCGUUCGUGAUUGGCGCAAAUCUGCAGCAUAA